AAAAAAUAAAAUAAUAUAUACACACACCUAUAUAUAUACACAUCACAUACACGCAAUAUAGUAUUAAAUAUAUAUAUAUAUAUAUAUCCACACUGCCUUGAAUCUAGAGAACCAGAAGAUAAGCUCACAUUUUCACCAAUUUCAAAAAAUAAUUUAAUGGAGACUAAAGCCAGCCGCCGGCUUCAAACAAUUCAGAACCACAUUUCCACUACCGCCGGCGAUAGUCCGUCGGCUGUGCAACUGAACGCCACCUCCGGCGAGUUUUUUGUUGAACAAGGGUACAGUGUUGUCCUUCCUGAGAAAUUGCAAACAGGGAAGUGGAAUGUUUACAGAUCUGCUGCUUCUCCGUUGAAGCUAGUCAGUAGUUUUCCUGAUCAUCCCCACAUUGGCACCUUGCAUGACAAUUUUGUGUAUGCAUCAGAAACCUACCGAGAUUACAAGUAUAUGGGCUCCAGGAUUUCGGCAGAUGGAACUAUUGGAGACUACAAGUGGACAACUUAUGGGGAAGCAGCCACAGCUCGGUCAGCUAUUGGCUCUGGAUUAGUGGCCCACGGAAUACCAAAGGGAUCAUGUAUCGGACUCUAUUUUAUCAACCGACCAGAGUGGCUCGUUGUUGAUCAUGCUUGCUCCGCGUAUUCAUACAUAUCUGUCCCUUUAUAUGAUACCCUUGGUCCAGAUGCUGUAAAGUUCAUUGUGAAUCACUCUUCUGCACAAGCCAUAUUCUGUGUGCCAGAGACACUGCAAACUAUUCUGAGCUUUUUGUCUGAGAUUCCUUCUGUACGUUUGAUAGUGGUGGUUGGAGGCGUUGAUGAACUCAUUCCAUCUCUUCCAUCAGCGACAGGGGUCAAGGUUGUAUCAUUUUCAAAACUUUUCAAUCAGGGAAGUAAAAACCAUCACCCUUUUCGUCCACCAAAACCAGAUGAUGUUGCUACAAUAUGCUAUACAAGUGGUACAACUGGGACACCAAAGGGAGCUGUACUUUCUCAUGGAAACCUGAUUGCAAAUGUUGCCGGUGGAAGUUAUGGACUUAAAUUCUUUCCAUCAGAUGUAUAUAUAUCUUAUCUUCCUUUGGCACACAUAUAUGAAAGAGCCAACCAGGUCAUAUUGGUGUACUAUGGUGCCUCUGUUGGAUUUUUUCAGGGAGACAGCUUGAAAUUAUUGGAUGACAUGGCUGUAUUAAGGCCUACUGUGUUUGCCAGUGUUCCUCGAUUAUACAACAGAGUAUAUGAUGGUAUUAUAAAUGCAGUGAAGUCAUCUGGUGGUCUGAAAGAAAGGAUCUUUAAUGCUGCAUAUAAUGCGAGGCAUCAAGCAUUACUAAAAGGCAAGAAGGCAUCACCUAUGUGGGACAGAUUAGUAUUUAACAAAAUAAAAGACAAGCUUGGUGGACGUGUUCGUUUUAUGGUUUCUGGUGCCUCACCCUUGUCUCCGGAUGUCAUGGACUUCCUUAAAGUGUGUUUUGGCUGUCCAGUAAUGGAGGGGUAUGGAAUGACUGAGAGUUCCUGUGUUAUAACUUUUAUGCAACAGAAUGAUAACCUCUCGGGUCAUGUAGGCCCUCCUAAUCCUGCCUGUGAAGUGAAGCUUGUAGAUGUUCCUGAAAUGAACUAUUUAUCGGACGAUCAACCAUACCCUCGUGGUGAGAUCUGUGUGAGGGGGCCAAUUGUCUUCCAAGGCUACUACAAAGAUGAAGUACAAACGAGAGAAGUAAUCGAUGAAGAAGGAUGGCUUCAUACCGGAGACAUAGGAUUGUGGUGGCCUGGAGGCCGCUUAAAGAUUAUUGAUAGGAAAAAGAACAUAUUUAAACUUGCGCAAGGAGAGUACAUAGCCCCAGAGAAAAUUGAGAAUGUAUAUGCUAAGAGCAAAUUUGUGGCACAAUGCUUUAUUUAUGGUGACAGCUUCAACGCUGCCUUAGUCGCUAUUGUCUGUGUGGACCCUGAGAUGCUCAAAGAAUGGGCUACUAAGGAAGGAAUAAAGUUUGAAAGUCUAGAACAAUUGUGCAAUGACCCAAGGGCAAAGGCAGCGGUCCUGGCUGACAUGGACGCAACUGGAAAACAAGCUCAGUUGAGAGGAUUUGAGUUUGCAAGAUCCAUCACUUUGGUAGCUGAGCCAUUCACCAUGGAUAACGGUUUGCUUACUCCAACUUUUAAGGUAAAAAGGCCACAAGCAAAGGCAUACUUUGCAAAAGCAAUAGCUGAUAUGUAUGAAGAGGUUGCAGCAUCCGAAUCUUCAGGUAGAAAAAUUCUGUGAAGGGAGAAGGACAACAAACGUAUUGUUGUAAGUGGUGCAAUUUGGUUACACAAUUGCUCCCUCUUUAAGAACAACACAAAGAUUCUACCCGAAGAGCACAUUCAUUAUACAAGACUGCAGUAUAUUGUGACCAUAUUGUGGUGUAUAUGAACUCUCAGUUAUGUUGUGAACUUCUUUCUUACCCUACAAAUUAAAGUUUUUUUUUUCUUUAUUAAAACCAAAAAAUAUUAAUUUAGAUAUUCAAAGGGUGCCUAUAGUUGUUGAAAACUAAAGUGUAUUCUAGAAAAACUUUCAACAGAAAUAUGGAAAACAAAAAACGGCUUCCAGGAAA